AUGAAUGUGGAUGAAAAGUUAAAUAAAAUUGAGGAGGAAGAGGAAGAAGAAUUUUCACUGUCAGAGGAUAUUGCUCUGUCCACCAGACAGCACACAAGUAGUGAAAGCUCCAGAAUUGUUGAAGAAAAGAAAAAGAGGAAAUUUAAGCCAGCGAAAUUUAUUUCAAAGCAUUUGAAAAUUAAAAAGGAUGACAAGAAAGUUGAUAGUGGAGAUACGUCAGAGACACGUUCAGAAGACAGUACAAAAAGCCCAAAAUUGGGUAUUUUAAAGAGAAGCAUUGCAAAGAGAUUUUCAAGAAAGAAAAAAUUUCAAGUAAGUCCGAUGGAUAGCGGAGAAAGCUCGCAACCUGACGAACCUUUAAAUAAUGAAAUCGAUUUGGCUAAAGAGAUUGAAAAACUAUCAAAAAGCUAUCCAAACAUUAGCAUUAGUGAUCAAUCAGAAAAUAUCGAGGAGAAGAAAAUCAAUGAAGAUUCAUUGGAGCUUAAGAAAUCGAUCCAGACAAUUGAUAAUAAAGAAUCAUCCCCAAAGCUCGAGCAAAUUUCAUCACCAAUGUCGGAAAAUAAAAAGGUUCAAUUACAAAUAACAAUAAGCGGCAAGAAAAUAGAAAAAGUACAAACUACUAGAACCGAAACAAUGUCUACGGAGACGAUUGUCAGCUCAAAAGCAACAGAUAAGGCUUCCUCACCAUUACAAUAUUAUAAAAGCCAAACUGAUAUUAUAUUACCAUCCGUAAAUACAGCCGUACGAGUCAAUAAAAUCCGCGAGCAAUUUUUUAAUGUAAUGGUGUCACAGAGCAGCAAUAGCACGAACAAAGACAAUGAAAAUGUAUAUAUGCAACAUCAAACAAAAUCAAUUAGCAGCGAUGCUCUUUCACAGUCAGUAUCACGCUCAACGUUAAUACAGACGACGUCUGAAGGAUUCGAGGGAAACGAAUUAUCAGAAGAACUUAUCAAAUCAUCAGUAAAUUCAAUCAUAUCUUCAGCAAAAGACUUGAGUAAAUUGGACGAGAAAAUUGAAUUUCCUCAAAAUCUUCCUGAAUUGAAAAUCUUUGAGGAAACGGAUCGAAAAGAAAACGAUAUUGAAAAUAAAGUAGAAGCAGAUAUAGACGAAAUUCAAGGGAAAUCUGAAAAAGUUCCAGAAUUAACAGAAAUUAAGGAUAUUGAACUAGGUCCCAGUGAACAAGUGAUUAGUGACGAAAUGAAAAAAUCUAAAAUUCCAGUUAAUAGACUUAGAUCAUCGUCUGAAAAUAAUAUUGAGAAAGAUUUAUCGCAGUCAACAGUUCAUACUCAAGAAGCUCAUAAGCCAUAUCAUUUAAAUCUCACUUCAUCGCCGUCAGUUGAUGAACUUAAAACUACGUUUGAAGUGAAAUCAGAAGAAAUAAAGUUUGAAGUAGGAACUGCAGUACGUCCACCAAAAAUUUUAUCGGCAAAUAGCACUAGCAUUUCGCCAAUAAUAAUUACAGAAAUGGAGAGUGAAUCGUCAAACGUUCAAGAUGACGAAUUUCAUAGUCCAAAAAGCGAAACGAAUGCUUCCCUAGAAAAGCAUGACUCGAGAACGCGUAGAAAAAUCGCUUACAUUCCUCAACUGACAGUCUAUACGCCAGAGGAGCAAGAAUUACUUAAAAGUAAUAUAAUAGCUAACUCUGAGUCAUUCGAUUUACCUUCAUUGCCACCAGAUACAUCAAUGUUUCCCGUUUUUGAUGAUUCCUUGUUGAGCAAUAUGACGCCAUCAACACCGGAGAAACGUGAAUGUUUAUAUAAAAUUUUAGUGAUUGGCGAACUCGGAACUGGCAAGACAUCAUUUAUCAAGAGAUAUGUUCAUCAAUUUUUCAGUCAAAAUUAUCGUGCGACUAUUGGCGUAGAUUUUGCCCUAAAAGUCCUUAAUUGGGAUCAGUCAACGAUUAUUCGAUUACAGUUGUGGGAUAUUGCAGGACAAGAACGAUUUGGUAAUAUGACACGAGUGUACUAUAAAGAGGCGGUUGGAGCUUUUAUCGUCUUCGAUGUAACAAGACCGGCAACGUUUGAUGCUGUGAAUAAGUGGAAGACUGAUUUAGAUUCAAAAGUUCAGCUGCCCGAUGGAAGUCCGAUUCCAUGCAUUUUAUUAGCUAAUAAGUGUGAUCAACCAAAACAAGGAUUAGUAGCAUUACCAGCAAAAAUGGAUGAAUAUUGCAAAGAAAAUGGCUUCACUGGAUGGUUUGAGACGAGUGCCAAGGAGAAUACAAAUAUAGAUGAAAGCGCCAAAGCUUUAGUUAGCAAAAUUCUGAUAAAUGAUAAACUUAUACAUAACGACAUGGUUGAUGGAGAACGCUUAAUUCUAAAUGCUGAGGAUGUAGAAAAACCGAAAAAUUUUUGUUCUUGCUGA